UCAAGGAACUUUCCAAUCUUUAUCGUUUAAACUUGGAGCACUGCAAACAGUUGAAAUAUUUGCCCGAACUUCCAAAAUUAAAAGAAACAAAAUCUGGAGAUUUUUUUGGGGAAUUAUAUAUUUUUAGUUGCCACAAUUUGAAUGAAAUGGAACAUUGUCAUCGUAUUGUUUUUUGUUGGAUGACACAAAUCUUUAAGGCUAUAUUACAAUCCUCUCUUUCCAUGGGUAAGAUUGAGAUUAUCAUUCCUGGAACUCAAAUUCCAAGGUGGUUCAGUGAACAAAAUGUGGGUAGUUCAAUAAGCAUGGACCUAUCUCAUGUUAUGGAAGACCCAAAUUGGAUAGCUGUUGCCUUUUGUGCUAUGCUAGUGGCACAUCAUGAUGAUUCUACUAAUUUGAAUGAUAGAUGGCAACCUGACGAUUCUGUAACUAUUGGAUAUAGUUUUCAAAAUAAUCAGGUUUUUCAGAAAUCAUUUUGGGUAGUUCCAACAGCUUUAAACAUUGGUCUGAUCACGGGUGAAAUAGAUCACUUGUACAUAUUGUUUCUUUCUCGGGAAAGACUCAUUGAUUGUCGAAGUCCAUAUGAAGAUGAAAUUAGUGAUCUUCAUCAAAUGGGAUUCACAAUGGCCAUAUUUAAUCAGCCUAAAGAUUUGCAUUUUGAGGUGAAAAAUUGCGGGUAUCGUUGCGUAUUUAAGGAGGAUCUUGAACAAUUAAACCUAAACAUGAUGUUUAGUGGAAAUUCUUCAUCUAGUAAAUGCAAGCUUUUAACAAGUGAUUAGCUACACAUCAUUCAUUGAACUUGUUCAUGGAAAACGUAGAAACCUCUUUUCAACUACAAUUCCAUCCAAGAAAUACUAAUCCAUUAGAGGUAAGAUUUGAUACAGUAAAGUACAAAGAUUAUUAUA